UUUAUAUUAUUAUUUUUUCGUUUUCUUUUGUUUUUCAGAUAUUGAUAAUUGUGAUCCAAAAUAUCACCAUUUUGAUGAAGGUAUCGGCCUGACGGAAAAUGGUCUGUGUGGCUUCAACGGCCGUUGUGUGGACUAUGUUGGUUUUUAUAAAUGUGUUUGUUCCGAGGGCUGGUCUGGACAGAGCUGUCAGACAGGUUAGUUCACACACACGCAAAAAUCUCGCAUUUUGUAACAGAUCUGCCAACAGACCGUCAACAAGUUGUGUUCGCACUGCUUGUUCCAAGUUGCCAACAAGUUUGUAACAAUCCUGAUGAUGAUAUCAGAUUUGUUACAAGCUUGUUCCAACAAGUCCGAUACAGUCAACUUGUCAACAGGAUGUGUUCUCAGGAUGACUGCUUGUUCCCAGCUUGUUGGCAAGUUGUCAACGGCUUGUUAGCAACUUGCUCUACAAGGUUGCUGAGCUCAACAACAGACUUGCUACAAGUUGUUCCAACAACUUGUUAUCGUGUUAUUGCGAACACAUCUUGUUGACAAGUUGUGACAUUUUUACGUGUGUAAACUGGGCCGGGCUUUGCCUAUUUUGGACUGGGAAUAUCGAAUUGAAACCUGUUCCUCAUAGGACUCAGUAUGAAAUAUUCAUAAUUUUUCUUCAGAUGUAAAUGAAUGUGCAAGCCGUCCGUGUCGAAACAAUGGAGAAUGUCGAGAGCUCAUUACGGGGCCUGGGUACGACUGUCUUUGUCCCAGUGGAUUCACGGGAAAAAACUGCGAGAAAAGUAAGAUAACUUAUUUGCUUUUUGUUAAUUUACAUGCACGUGUAAAAACGCACAAGUUGUAACAAACAGUUGUCGACAAGCUUGCUACAAGGUUGUCGACCUUAACAGAGUUGUUGCAAGUUGUCCCAACAACUUGUUAUCGUCCGGCAAUUCAACAAUCUGUCAACAAGUUGUGAGUGACAACCUUGUAGCAACUUGAUAAAAUAACAGCAUUGUUAUACAACUUGCUGACAAGCUCGCUACAAGCCUGUUGCGAACACAUCUUGUUGACAACACAUCUUGUAUAUCAUUAUAACAAUAUUGUUACAACCUUGUAUCGUCAACCUUGUAACAUUCUUGUUAUAUCAUGACUGUAUCUAACUUGUUAUAACAACCUUGUAACAUUUUUGUUAUAUCAUGACUGUAUCGGACCUUUUGGAACAACCCUGUAACAAAUCUGAUAAUGCCAUAAAGCUUGUUACAAGUUGUUAACAGCUUGUUCCAAACUUGUUGACAACUUGGGACAACCAGUGCGAACACAACUUGUUGACGGCUUGUUGACAGACUUGUUACAAGAUGUGAGAUUUUGCGUGUGUAGUAAUAGGCAAUUCCAGCUUUUAAUUUAUGCACGCAUGGGAGGAUGGGAAGUAAGGUAUCAUGAGGUUGUUUAUGCAGUUUUUAUUGAAAUUUUUCAGCAUAAUCUGCAACAAGAUAAUCAUGUUUACACGGCCGCCAUUUUUAUUUUUUCAGGAUAAUCAGCACUAUAAUACCACGGAUGAUACCUUACUUCCCAUCACCCCCCCAGCGCGCAUGAAUUGCCUGUAUAUUUAGGUUUCGCUAGCAAAUUCGCCCCAACCUUGCCAAUAGCAUUAUAUUUUGUACGCCGUUUGAAUCACUGCCGUUCUUGCAUCGCGUCCCAUCUACAUAUUUUGUAGCAAGUCUGUCGACAAGCCGUCAACAAGUUGUGUUCGCACUGCUUGUCCCAAGUCGUCAACAAGUUUGGAACAAGCUGUUAACAAUUUGUAACAACCUUGUUGAUAUAAUCAGACUUGUUGCAAGGUUGUUCCAACAAGUCCGAUACAGUCAUGAUAUAACAAUAUUGUUACAACCUUGUGUCGUCAACCUUGUAACAUUCUUGUUAUAUCAUGACUGUAUCAGACUUGUCAGAACAACCUUGUAACAAGUCUGAUAAUGCCACUAAGCUUGUUACAAUUUGUUAACAACUAGCUUGUUCCAAACUUGUUCCAACAACUGCAUGAGAACAAGCAGUUCAAACACAACUUGUUGAUUUUAACAACUUCUUUCCAAACUUGUAACUACUUGUGCUUUUUCAUCCAUGUACAUUACGCUGUUUGAAACGGGAGUAACUAUUGAAGUUGACAACAAAACAACCAAUCUAACAAAUUGUAAUUUAAUUUUACCUCGUUUUCUCGCAGUGAUCAACCUGUGUGAAACGAAUCCAUGUUGUGCAGGAGCUGUAUGUAGUUAUGGACUUAAUUCAUUCUCCUGUCAAUGUAACAAUGGACGAAAAGGUCCUUCCUGUUGUUCAAGUAAGUGUUGUACAUUGUUACGUUUUUUUUCUUUGGCAUAAAGUUUGGAAGUCCAACAUCUGUAAUGAUGGUGUUAAUGAUGAAAUUGGUGGUAACUGUUAUGCUGAUGGUGAUAAUGAUGGUGGCACUGUGGUAUGAAUGUGUCAGAUGGUGAAAUUGAUUUCAUCUGGCGAUUGUCGUGAUGAUGGUGGUGCUAUUAAUGGGUCUAAUGGUGAAGCUGAUAUCAUCUGAUAAUUCUGGUGAUGAUGGGCAUGGUGGUAUUAUAGUUGGCGGGGAGAUUAGGACGGGGGCCGUUAUCCCGCCCGCGUGCCCUAUCCCCCAAAGCUGGCCGCGAUCGUGGUGGUGAUGAAAGUGGUUAUUAUGGUGAUAAGUGAUACAUUUUAAUAGAGAUGGUGGCGAUGUAGCAUUAAUCAUGAUGGUAUUUUACAGAUCACAUGCAAUAGUUUAAAUACUAUAUGUGUUUUAGAUAGUACAUGGUGUUCUUACGACAUGUUUAACGUAUCAACAUGCCACGAUCAUGGGAAUUGUUCAAGUUUGCAAAACCAGUUCAACUGCUCUUGCGAGAGAGGUUGGAGAGGAUCUCGUUGUGAGAUAGGUAAGAUCUGGAGUGACGACGAGUUGAAUUGAAUUGAUUUUAUUUUACCACGCGAUACACAAGAUUAUGGAAAUAUAUAGUGGCGAGAUGACCUCGAAAAAAACGUUGAGCGUUUGAGUCGAAGUCACCUCAUUAUAUAAUAAUACUAGUUUAUUAGGCUUAUAUACUAUUAGUAUAAUUACAUAGGUGAUUAUUGAAAAUUCCCCACGCUGAUUGGUUGUCUUUAACGCGAUAAUCACCUCGCCUUCGGCGAAUAAUUGUUAAAUAUUAGGUAUUACACAAAAUUCAAUUUAGAAAGAAAAAUGGGGUUUUAUAUAUAUGGGGUUUUAGACAUUAUUUUCUACAAGAAAUUUCAUCAUUUUUUUCUUUUAAAAGUAAAUGAGCUAACCGAGUUUCUUAUGUCAGACGAUAGUGAAUUCCACUAUAUUAUUGGGCCAAGAUAAAGUAUAGUAAUUUUUUUUAGAUUAGUACGAUGAGGCCGGAAGGGGAGGGGGGUACCGAAGAAAAAUUUUGCUAAUCCAACAAGUAAAAAGUCAAAAACAUGUUGACCAAGCAUAAAUAUAAAUUAAAAAUAAAUACCCACCCCUGGCUGAGGGAUACCAUUCAGUUGUCACACAUGUCCUUCAAGUUUGAUAACUGCUUGUGCAAUUUUGUCCAGUCUAAAGUUGUUGUCUGCACUUGUACGUCUGACAAACCGGAAAAUGAUUAGGAUAUAGUGACUUUGUUUCUCAUUCACCCAACCUUAGGCCUCGUUUCUAUGAGACCGGUACGAAAUCAAACCAGGACCACUUCGUUUCGGUCAUAGUAUUAUUUAUAAUAGAUGUUUACAUGAGACCUGGACGAAAAUAACUCAGACCGGUCUCAAGUCAUUCCGCCUGCUGGACCGAACCGACUGACUUCAGACCGGCAUGAAUUCAGAUGUGAACACAAAUACAUUUCAGACCGGUCUCGGCUGGAACCUUGCCAUUGGAACAACGCAUGCUAACAAAAGCCAUCUGAGAAAGAAAAUUGAAUUGCCUGGCAAGGGGAAUAAAUUGAAAAUUUUGUGAUUUUUGUACCGGUCUUAUGUAAACACGUUGACAAUUUCAACUUUCAUUCCGGUUUGACUUCGUCCCGAUCUCAUGCAAACGGAGCCUUAAUCUCACUCAAAAUUUUGUUUACCCACCCCUUUUCUCUUCGUUGCCACCCUCCCCUCCCCCUGCCCCAUAAAUAAUGACCGCUCCCUUAAAGGUUUUCUCUUCGAAAUGUAUUUCUUGAAUUUAAACGUCUUUGUGUUGUUAUUUAUUAGAUAUAAAUGAAUGUGACAGUCAGCCGUGUGUUCAUGGAGAAUGCAGAAAUACUCGAGGAUCGUACGAAUGUAUUUGCGAGGACGAUUACAACGACACGAACUGUGACCAAAGUAAGUCCACGCUUCGUUUACGCAUGACGUAAUGACCUGUGGGACUGUUCAUCUCGCGAGCGCACACAGGUUUUUCGAAUAAGUUGAAGGCACAGUUCAGCCUUUUGAAUGAUGGUUUUUAAGGCGCAGUUCAGCUCUUUUAUUUGAAAAAACUAACUAGGAAAAUCAAUUAUACAUAAUUCAAGAUCAGUAAACUCAAUGUUUUUAACAAUAAAAAGUUUUAAAAUGUUUAAAACAUCAAGUUUUCCGAUCUUGAAUUAUACUUAAUUGAUUUUCCUGGUUAGUUUUUUCAAUUAAAAGGUCUAAAAUUCGCCUGAAAAACCGUCAUUCAAAAGACUUGCAUUUAAGUCUGGUUUCCAUAUCAGGGUCGUAAUGCCUAAUGGUCGUAAAAAUAGAGUCACGAUCUUUCUCAACGGCCAGUUUAUAAUAGUUUAUACCUGUAAACCACAUAUAAAUCAUGAGUAUUCUCUAGUUGAUGUUUGUGAUGUUACUCUGAGUGUAUAUCCACACCGGGUGAGCUUGAAAAAUAUGCCCGGUCACGGUGGGAAUCGAACCUACGACCUUUGGAACACUACCCCAAUGCUCUGCCAACUGAGCUACGCGGUCAGGACGGUUCGAUCGAGUAAGUGAUAUUUCGGAACAGCAUCUAGUUCCUUCGAUACCAAUGUAAUCUAGUAAUAUGAUUUUUUCUGUGUUGGUGUUGUGUACUCAGGUGAAUAUGAUGUUUGUGAUGUUACUCUGGGUGUAUAUCCACACCGGGUGAGCUUGAAAACUAUGCCCGGUCACGGUGGGAAUCGAACUUACGACCUUUGAAACACUAGCCCAAUGCUCUGCCAACUGAGUUAUAGUCACUCCGCGUAUUUUCAGUUCUAAAAUGUUGUAUUUCGGCUGAUGAGAAAGAUCGUGACUCAAUCUUUACGACUGUUACGACCAUACGGAAACCAGAAUCAUCAAACCUUUAUUUUGUUAAUCUAGAGCUUGAAAUGUCCCCUGUAGAAUUACGUGACUGUUUACUCUCAUGCAACUCUUAUCCUCGUUUCAUAAACUUAGUCUCGGAAUAAACUUAGUCUCAUGUCUGUGGGGGAAGCCUCGCAGUAGCUCGGAAGGUCGUCUCCAAUUGGAUGGGGGCUUUCUAAAGAACGAAGCAAUUCAUUGUUAUAAACACAAAAGCCAUUGUCAAAUUGAGCCAAUGAAAAUCACUCUUCCGAGCUACUGCGAGCCUACCCGUCUGUGGAACAGCCUAGCGGCCUGUCUCAUUGAAAUGUGAAUUACUCAAUGUUCUUUGAACUCUUAAUAUACUAAAUCAUUUUCACUCUUUUUUCAGAAAUAGAUGAUUGUGAAGGAGUAUUCUGGUAUGUGCAAACAAUUUUGAUUGCCUAUACAAUAUUUUAAUUAAGUAUUUAACUAUAGAUGGCAUUCAAUUCAAAGAUUGUAUAACUCGGCGAUUAUACAAUGGGCUAAUUAUGUAUUCAGUUUACCCUUCCCGGCAAAACAAGACAAAUUUUUGCUAAUUCCGCAUCCAAAUUUAACGAAAUUCAAUCCAUUUAUUUGUCCUUUAUCGUUUAAUAAGGAACCGUAUGCCCUCUUUGAAGAGUGUUGUUUAAACGUCAAGUAACAUCAAACUAACAUUGUGUUGUUUUUUUUCUGUGUCACUGAAGUGAAAACGAUGGACAGUGCGUGGAUGGCGUUCACAACUAUACUUGUGAGUGCGCACAGGGAUUGAUGGGAAGACAUUGCGAGAUAGGUGAGAACAACCGUAAAUCUAUUACACUUGGUUUUUCCUCGAAGAUACAAUCUUUAAACGGUCUGGUGCCAGUCUAUGCAGGGACGGAACUACUGCUUUUGGGACGUUUGUUGGUCGGAAAAAACGAACCCACACUCCGUCGCCAGCAUUUUCCGAAAAAUGUUUGCUUUCCGGAAAAAUCUUUUUGAGGGGGCCCCGAAAGGAGGGGUCUCAUAUUUUUUAAUUCAUCCCCCCCCCCCCAAACCAAAUAUCGCUCGGGACGGCCCUAAGUCUAUAUAGGUACUGCCAAUAUUCAACAAUAAGAAAACUGGAUUAAUAGGGAUCAGUGUUGCAACGAGUCGAGUCAUUGACUUGGACUCGAGUCGCAAUUUUCUGCGACUCAAGUCGAAUACGAAAGAUGACUCUACUCGAGUCAACACACUAGGACUCGAUUUGUUGAUUUCAGCCGUAAAUGACUCGAUCGAGUCAACUUAGCUACAACUUGUUCAGGAUAAAUUCAUCAAACAUAUUGUGGUUGAAUAGGUUGGGAAGACGGUCCUGAAAGGUCUGAGGAAACAAAAAGUAAUUCUCGAUGCAGAUAGGCACGUUUCCUCUUGCAGGAAAAUUUUUAAGGCAUUUUUGUUCACCAUGCAAUUCGUGUAGCCAUUGGCUCGGCUCGGCCACAUAGUGGAAUGACUCGACUCGACACUUGUUAAUUUCGAGUCAACUUGGCUACAACCACUGAUCUAGAGUGGCUACAACUUGUUGAGGAUAAAUUCAUCAAAAAUAUUGUGGUUGAAUAGGUUGGGGGCAGUCGUGAAAGGCCUUACGAAAUAAAAAGUAACUUUCGAUGAAGAUGAAAAUAAUGUAAAGAUAAAAAUAAUCUGCACAGGAAAAAACGCCUGCCCUGUAACAAUGUUGUUGAAAACAGGCCUGAACAAUAUUUUGCUGCCCAUAUUGUUCCUGACUGUUAACAAUAUUGUUCAGGAUUGUUCAGCCUGAACAAUGCCUGUUUUGCAGUGUAGGCUAAGCAUGUAAUUUGUAGUUGGGUUACUUAGGUAACCUUAUAAUACUUGAUAUGAAGCGCAUUUGGUCAUAUCGUAAUCCAUGUUUCAAAGUCUAAAUCUUCUUCUAAACCAUGUUUUUCAUUUAAGACAUCGAUGAAUGUUCUGGAAAGACAGAAUGUAGCAGAACACGCGGCGUUUGUAUUAAUACUCAUGGUGGAUAUCAUUGUGGUUGUCGUACUGGUUACGAAGAUCCGCCAAGCUGUGAAGAAAGUACGUCGUAUUUUUUAUGAGGGACGUUCACCAUGUAGGAUGGCAAAGCUAUUAUAGUUCAAAUGGGCCAUUUCAUAUAUUUAUUAUCAGCAACCUGUCGAGGAUACUCAUUAAUUAUUUAAAAGUAUACCCACUAUUUAAAAGUAUACCUUUGCAAACAUUUCAAGAAACUCUACCCACUGAUCUGAAUAAGAACUGGAUAAAGCACCCUAUUGAAUUCUGUAACCCGAUUAUCAAGCCAGUAUAUUUUACUGAGAUGAGAUUUAUAAAUCAGUCAAAUUCAUGGCCAGUCUAAUCGUUUGCUGUUCAGUUAGAAUAUAAAGCAAAUAUCUUCGCCUAUGUGACCUAUAGCUUCCAAACCCUCUUCGAAAUAGCAGUUUUAGAACGUUUUAGAACACCACAUAAAGAGCCUUAUGGCGGCCAUUUUUGAUGGCCCCAAUUUGUUAUUCACUGGCAAAGUUAGGAAAAAAGAGAGGCUACUGAUGACAAAUUCUUAUGUAGGCAAUAUUUGUCCUUUCCCACUAGUGACUAGAAACGUAAAGGAAGAGAUAAACAUGCCCACAACACCAUCAUUAUCAGACUUGUUACAAGGUUGUUCUAACAAGUCUGAUACAGUCGUGAUAUAACAAGAAUGUUACAAGGUUGACAACACAAAGUUAUAACAGUAUUGUUAUAUCAUGACUGUAUCGGACUUGUUGGAAUAACCUUGCAACAAGUCUGAUAAUAUCAACAGGGUUGUUACAAGUUGUUAGCAGCUUGUUCCAAACUUGUUGACAACUUGUGACAAACUGAAGCAGUGCAAACACAACUAGGUAACGACUUGUUCGCAAACCUGCCACAAGAUGUGAGAUUUUGCGUGUGUAAAAGUUGUGAGUGACAACCUUGUAGUAACUACCCUGGGUGCCAGAGGUUCUUCCACGCUCGUAGGGGGGAUAAUGAGGGAUCCUCGUGUAUCCCUCAUUAUCCCCCCUACGAGUGUGGAAGAACCUCUGGCACCCAGGGUAUGUAGUAACUUGAUAAAAUGACAGCAUUGUUACAACUUGCUCGAUAAGAUGCUUGUGUGAUGUUACUCUGAGUGUAUAUCCACACCAGGCAGGCUUGAAAAAUAUGCCUGGCCACAGUGGGAUUAACAUCACACAAGCAAUUGUUACAACUUGUUGACAAACUUGCUACAAAGUACAAGCCUGUUGCGAACCACAAGUUGUCAGAUUUUUAUGUGUGUAGUUCACUUCGUAAUCCAUUUUUCUUUGUGUAAUUCAGGGACAAAUUACUGCAAAUCAUUUCCAUGCGGAAACAAUGGAAUUUGCCAGCACGAAUAUCGUUACGAUCAUGAAACGGUUGUCGUCAGUAAUUACUCGUGUGCCUGUUUCGUUGGCUGGGAAGGUCGAAACUGUCGGCAUCGUGAGAUAGGUAUGUGCAAUUAUCCAAGCAUCUCGCUCGACAGAACUGAAUGAUACGAUGCGAACUUAAAUCAUUGUUGUUUGUUAACGAAUAAUAAAUGAAAGCAAUGAACAAUUUGCCAACUUGUUCAUCUAAAGAUUUUAUUUUAAGAGCAGUAUGCGUGCAUAAUUCUUCCUAUAUCCAUUGUAUAAUUAAUAUUCUUCCUUUUUCCAUGAGUCCGACAAACACACAACACAGGGACAAGCAGGGGCGAAACUAGCCCCUUUUAAUUGGGGGGGUGUCUGGUAGAAUUGCCCUGCGAAAGCCGAUGAUGCCCUGCAGCAAUUUUUUUGUUUGGCCACUAUUUCUCCCAAAACUGUUGGCUAGCGGGGUGGGGUGGGGGGAGUUCGAAAAAUUUUUUCCGGACAUUUGAAAACGGGGCGAAAAAAUUUUUCUGGACAUAAACCAACUAAAUUAAGGGUGAAAAAUUUUUUUCGGACAAAUUCCUGUUAAAACAUGCACGAAACCCUUAUUUUUUUACCAAUAUAUCUGUAAAAUUUAGGUCUAAAAAUUCUAUUCAAUUCCCUCUGGAAGCCCCGGGAAGCUACUCAAUAACUCUACAUUCUAUCAUUUAAAAUCUUUCAUUGCCCUGCCAAUCCAGAUGAUUUGUAUUUUGUCACACCCCCCACACCCUCCCUAAAGUUUCGUCCCUGGGGAGAAGGCAAGCAGCUAGGACGUAGAGAAGCAUCUGACGUGGGGGGGGAUCGGAGGAUUUUACCUGAAAAUUGAAACUUCAAUGUUAAAAAUUUACUUGAUAUGUAAUAAUUAUAAUAAAGCUUUUGUGACUGAUUUCCACUGUCAUAAUAAGUUUCGGGGGGAAAGGGGUCUGGGGUUCUUCCCCCAGAAAAGUUUACAUUUUUGAAGCUAUAGCACCGCUUUUCAGGCAUCUUCUGAAGCCAAUUGGAUAAAAAUUGACUGUACAAUUAACAAAUAUAAAACAUUUUCCGUGUUGAUAUACAGUUAUAUCAACACGAGUGGAAUUGGGAAAACGAGAAAUUGUGGGGCGGAGUGUUCUCGUACAAUUUCGAGUUUUCCCAACUUCCACGAGUGUUGAUAUAACUAUAUACCAAUACGGAAAAAAUGUUUUAUAUUUUUUUAUAAUAUAUAGCAAUGUCAAAUCCCGAAGUAUAAGAAAAAUUUCCGUGUUUACAAGCGGCGGAAAAUUUCCCGUGUUGACAUUGAGUUAUAUCAACACGACUCUUAGCCAAUCAGCGUUCAGAAUUUACAAAUGCUAUAUUAUAAAAAUGUUUAUCAUUUCACAAAAAUAAUGACUUUGUUACGCAAAUUUUACCUGAAAAUGUCAAAAUUUUGUCUUGAAUUUUACCUGAUUUUCGCCUGAGUUUCACAGUUCGGGGGGGGGGGUGUUACACCCCCACACACACCCAGUUUCUACGUCCCUGACGGCAAGUAAAGGACCUAAGUGAUACUAUACUCUCGGUAUUUUUAAAGCACCAGAGUAGUUGUUUGAAUAAAUUAUACUGCAAGAUAAUGCGUUUUUGACCAAUGGGAUUGUAGAAUUGAUCAGCCGAUCUAAGGGCCAUUUUCGCCGAUCUUUAGCUGACUCUAUUAGUUUGAACUAAUAGCAAUAAUAACACAAAAAUUGUUGAUUGUUUUCCUAAUAAUUUUCUCUCAACCUAUCUAGAAAUUGAGACGCCUGGGCCUGCUGAAUGUAAGUGCCAUGUUCUCUAUCUUGUUCAAAUACACGGGUAGUAUUUUUAUUUUGCAAAAAUAUCUAAUGUUUUAUUACAUUUUUCUUUUCUAUAUAGUACAUAGUUCCAAGGAAAAAGGUGAGAUGGAACAAGUUGUUAUCAUCUUGUAUUGUAACAAGGUUGAUGAGGCCAACAGACUCGCAACACGUUGCUUCAACAUGCAAGUCUGAUAUCGUCUGCACGUAACAAGUUGUGUUAACAAGUUCAUGACAACAAGCUCGUAGCAACCUGUUACGCACAUCCUGACAGUAUUAGUCUUUUUAAUAAAACACAAAACAACAUAUAGACACUCCGAAAAUUGUAAACAUUUUCAUUCUUUAGACUUUAGUUUUUAAGUCGUCUUCAGAUGUAUUUUGAAAAGCCAACUAUUUAUAAGCUAGAUGCUUCUUUAACUUAACGACUUAAAUUAAUAGUCGAGACGUUAAAGAAUGAAAAUGUUUACAAUUUUAAUUUCGGAGUGUACAUUGUUUUGUGUUUUAUUAAAAUACUCUAUGGCAACCGCGAUUUUUGUAUUAUAGUUUUGUUGGAACAACAUGUCGCAAAUCUGUUCAUCGUUGUCUGAGUCUCAAAGUCUCAAGCAUAAUUUCGGACGUAUUCUACUUAUGCUAACAAUCUGUUAACUGUCUGUUGUUUUUCUUUUAAAAGCAUCUCGACUUCCGUUGACUAUCGGGAUAUCAUUUGCGGCUCUCGUGCUCUGCGCGGUUGUCAUGGUAAUUGUUCUUUACAAGAAGAGACAGCGCCACUUCCAGCGAAUGCAGGAGACUGAGGGUAAUUGUACUUGUUGACAUAGAAUAACUGAUGUACGGAGAAUAAAUCUACUGAUCUUAUAAGCUCUGAUCAAAUGAUGCUGUUUAUAUGAUCGCUGGUACUUAUACACUCCGAGCUACCCUGGGAGAGGCAAAAUUAUAUUCAUUUAAACACAAGUGUUUAUUUGGAAAGUUUUCAACUCGUCUCGGCUAGUAGGGUCACCCUUGUGGUAGGGACACCCCGUUUACGAGACAGGGUUACCCUUGUAGGAGGGACAACGUUUGUCCAUGUAAACAGUUUGCGUUGAUUUGCUUCGUCCUCUAGGGGCGACUUUUUAGACCUAUACGAAUGCUCAAUAGAAACUUUUUAUUAAGAACAACAUAAACGAACCAAAAACGAAGUAUUUCGAACAAAAAACUGAGUAUUCCCCCUUUCUGAAUGUUAUCAUAUAAACGCUUGGUAAAGUUGUCUUGGGGGGGGGGGGGUGUUACGGUGUCCCUUAUAAACAGCGUUGAUGAGAGUUGAGAAGCGAGAAUUUGAAUGAGAGUUUUCUCAACCUUCAUUUGUCAUAAGGAGAACAAGAGUUGCCCGAGAGUUGAAUGGAUACUACUGCCUACGUAGCGAAAACUCUCUUCAACUCACUUGAACCAGUUCAGAGUUGAUGAGAGUCGAUGAGUGAGAAAAAUAUAGCGAGAGAGAAAAAUAUAGGUACUUUUAACCACAAACUGUGGCUGUAAAGGGUAUGCCCAAAACAGGCGUACUUUAUAACCAUAAACCGUGGCUAUUAUAUAUAUAAAGUAUGCCGAAAUUCGGCUCCCUUGAUCCUUUAUAGUCAAAAAUAUUGCUCCUCAAACGUUUCUUACAAAUCCGUCAAAACUUAGAAUUUACGUAUGCAAAAUUACUAUACCGUCUAACAAACCGUGGUGAUAAAUGCAUGGAAUUUCGUAUCACUUUCUCACUCCGGUACAGCAUAAGCAUCAAUACAUUUGAGGUUGACCCCCCCGUCAGAUUCACUGCAUAAUGCCGUAGUGAAACCCAAGAAUAUAGAGAGAUUUCAUAGCUUGAAAUAAUGAAAUGGUAUAGUCAUAUCUGGUGACACCAUGCAUUUUUCUUAUACACCAGAUUUAGGAGCUGUAAAGUUCAACAAUCGAGCAUCAGAGAUCUUGGACCCAGUUCCAGACCAGCUAAUGUUUUCAAAUCCAUUGUACAACAUUAACAGAGGUUUUGAUGAAGAGAGUGAUUUAAACAUUGCUGUGAGCAGGUGCAACUGGGAAGUCUCAGACUGCUAACCAUGGUAAAUUAAGAGUGACGCAGCGAACUUGUCGUUUCAGGAAAAAUAGAGGUGGCAAUUGCUUCGUGAAACUUAGUCGUAAUAUUUUAGCACCGUUGUAAAAUAACCAACUGUGAUUGUACAUUUUAAUUUAUAGUUUAAUUUUUAUUAACUUGACGUGGGUAGCUGGUAUACCUAAAUAAGAAAAUGCAUUGAAACUACUCAAAAUGAAUUAAAAAAUAAUAUAAGGUUUCAUCAUAGACAGUCUGUCGGGAUAUGAUGGUCUCGAAGCCAGGCAAACUUCAAAGCCACAAAAUAGAAGACCUUUGUUUGAUGUUAACUGUACACAAAAUUCCUUUGUCUCAACUUCAUUUUAAAAUAUUAUUCAUCGUGGUUGCACGUUUCAUCUCAGCUAUCUCUAUUAAACAUAAUGCAAGGAUUUUUGUUCAGUUUCCAGACCAUCAAUAUCUUGAUAGACUAUCAUGAGUCUAGACUUUUGUACAGUAGAUAAAGUAGAUAUUCUUAUUUGCAACAAUGGU